AUGUUAACAACCAAGCUACAAAGCUUAUGGUUGUUGCGACAGGUAAUUCAAGGCGAGGGUCAUUCGUAUGAGUUACAAGGUGGGAAAUUCAUUCUUCGAUUGGCCAACAUUUUUCUUCAAGGUAGCUAUAAAGGGCUACUGGUCCAAGUGGAGUACAAUUCAUCGGGUUCCGAGGAUACCAGUGGUCAAAUACAAAAGAUAAACGAAUUUCUCGCUCAAUAUGGAUUGAAGUUCGUAGGUAACAAGCUGGCAAAAGACGAAAUCGGCACUGCUUGGCAGUACGUUGAUGCUUUAAGUAGGUAG